AUGUUCAUUGUCACCAACGUGGAUUUUAAUUUACUUUUGCCCAUCGAACCACCCGACGAAAUUGCAGAAAGUGCUGCGAAGAUAGCAAUCUACAACUUUCAAUGGAGUUACACAACGUUCGUGCUUUUCAAUUCAACAGUCGCUGUUAGUAGUGUAAGACUAUUUUUGCGUCUAUACAAAAAAGGACAAAUUAUAGGAAAUGGAUCAUUUUAUCCUUCCUUUGCUGAGACAACAAGACAAUUCGUUCUAUUCGGCACCGACCUUGACAACAUUGAAUUGAUGUUGAACUGGAUGAAGUCUCAUAAAUUCGACAACUCGGGUAAUUUUAUCAUUCUCUGUCUAUCUAAAACGCCUCAAGAAUGUGAUGAAACUAGAGCUGUGAACAUGUUUUGGAACCAUAAAAUAGUAAACGUCGUUUUUAUGAAACAGCCAACGAACGAAGUGACCGGAUAUACGUAUUACCCUGAAGAAAGUUGUCACAUUCACAGACCGGCCAAAAUGGACUCAGUGCCGUGCCCUAAUAACAACACAUGCUUCGGAAUAUUUCCUGAGAAGAUGGGUAACUUACAUUGCUGUCCGCUUAUAGUCACCACUUUCAAGCAGAUGCCGUAUAUGAACAUAACAAAUGGGAUACCACAUGGUGCGGACGGCGAUCUAUUACUUCUCAUCGCUGAGCGUCUAAACGCGACCCUGAAAAUGAUGACCCCUCAAAUAGGAACUGGCUGGGGGAGUCUCGGUGUCGAUGGCGUAUGGACCGGAUCUCUAGCAGACUUAUUAGAUGAUGUCGCAAACUUUUCCAUGACAUCAGCUGCAAUCACCCUAGCCAGAUUUUCACACUUCCAAAUGUCAAACGCAUAUUACUCAGUAAAUGUCGCCUGGAUCACGCACCCAGCUGAAAAGAAGCCUGCAUCAUUGAAACUGUUUUAUCCCUUUCAAACAUUGUCGCAGAUUGUAUUGGCUAUUAGUUUAAUUUUCGUCGGCAUGUGUGCUUGGUUUGUCAAUAGCAAAUAUUGGCCGACGCAUAAUUCUGAAGAAGUAAGCAAGUCUAACGGAAUACUUUUCUAUUCUUGGAUGAUAUGUAUGGGACUGCCCUCUACAAAACUGCCUGCAAAGAAAGAAUUUCUAUAUCUGGCUUUAAUUUGGAUAUGGUACUGUUUCCUUAUAAGAACACUAUACCAAGUUUGCCUUAUUAACUCCUUACAGGGGAACUUUUAUUAUGGUGAAAUUAAUACUAUUGAAGAAGCAUAUGACGCUAAUUAUUCAUUUGGUGGAGGUCUAGCUCUGAAAGAAUACUUUAUUGAUUAUCCAUUAGUUUAUGACAACUGGAAAAAUAUUAAUCCUUCUGACAUAGUACCAACUUUGAUGAACCUAUCAGGAAAAAAGUUUGUGCUGGCCAUGAAUUUAGAAACUGCGAAAUCGGUCAUCAAGAAACAUAAUCUGUCUGUACAUAUUCUACCGCAAAACAUUGUGAAUAGCCCAACGGUGAUCUUUUUUAAGAAAUUUUCACCUGUCGCUGAAUCUAUAAACAUAAUUUUGAGGCGCUUGGUUGAAUCUGGUUUGACGGAGAAGAUAUAUAAAAAAUAUGCCAGUAAAAAGACUUUAACGUCUCAAGGCAACGAACCCAUUACUUUGGAGCACUAUACAGGGUGCUAUGCUAUUCUUUUUGUUGGAUGGGCUGUGUCCUCUGUAGCAUUUAUGAUAGAAUUAUGCCAUAGCCACUUUAUAAGAUGGAAAUGCCGUGUGAGUGUGAAAUUUAAGAAGAAAUUCCAUCGUAGUAAAAUCGAAAUUUAG